UUUUUUUUUUUUUUAUUAUUCGACGGGUGUGCCACCUGCCGGUGCGUCACGGCUCCUCUGGCCAAUCCUGACGCCGCGCCUCUCCGUGCGCCCUUGGAGAUCCCGCGGUGCUCCUCACAUCGCCGCCCAAUCUACUGCUCGGUGACGGUAGAAGGUGGCCAGCCUCGUUAGCCGAGCACCGUUAGCGCUUCAGACCUUACUAGACUGGACUGCCGUACCGCUUGCCGCUGUGCCAAGCAUGGACCCGUGACAAGUUUGACUGGAUUGCCAUUUCCUUCCCUUAUCUACUUGCGCUGCUUUUGCGCAUCAGCGAGCGACAUGGGCUCCCUGUCUGCCUUCCAGACGCCAUGAUCCGGCUGGAGGAGGAUAAUCCCGCACCCCCAGUAGACAGCAUGGACACCAAAAGGCACUCCGCUGAAAGGUGACCUCCAGACACUUCACCUCCCCAAAACAUUUGAAUAUGCCAGAACACAACAAUGAGCUCCAACAGCACGGACCCUGGUCUCUUCCUGACUGUCAACACCUCACCACCAGUGGCCGGGGCCUACCCACAAUCCAAUGCUCUCCAUCAAGGAGGAACUGGAGGAAACCCCUGGUUAGAUUUCCAUGUAAAUGCUCUGGAUGAUAAUUCCUCCUCCACCAGCAAACUCUUAAACCUCACCUCAGAAUCCCAAAAUAGGAAUGGAACGACAGCCCUUGAUCCCUUGGGAGGUCACCCUGUGUGGCAGGUUGUCCUCAUUGUCUUUCUGACAGGCAUGUUGUCACUGGUCACUGUUAUCGGCAACAUCCUGGUAGUGGUGUCCUUCAAGGUCAACCGCCAGCUAAAGACGGUCAAUAACUACUUCCUGUUGAGCUUGGCUGUGGCUGACCUCAUCAUAGGGGUCAUCUCAAUGAACCUCUACACAGCUUAUCUUGUGAUGGGCUACUGGGCAAUGGGAGACUGGGCAUGCGACCUGUGGCUGGCUAUAGACUAUGUGGCAAGCAAUGCAUCAGUUAUGAACCUACUGGUCAUCAGCUUUGACCGGUACUUCUCUAUCACCAGGCCUUUGACCUACCGGGCCAAACGGACAACAAAGCGUGCCGGGAUCAUGAUUGGCUUAGCCUGGUUAGUUUCUCUCAUCCUGUGGGCCCCAGCCAUCUUGCUGUGGCAGUAUUUUGAGGGUAAAAGGACGGUACCCGAGAAUGAAUGCUACAUUCAGUUCCUCUCAGAGCCGACUAUAACCUUCUGCACAGCCAUGGCAGCUUUCUACCUGCCUGUGACAAUAAUGAGUAUUCUCUACUGGCGCAUUUACAAGGAGACACAGAACCGUUCAAAGGAGCUAGCUGGGCUGCAGGGUUCGGGCGGUCGUGGUGGGAUCGGGGCAAGAGGUGGGAAUGGCGAAGGUGAGAGAGGCCGUUUUGUCCAUCAGACAGGAAGUGCCAAAAGUUGCAGUAGCUACGAGUUGACAAGGCUGUCAAAGAGAAGAAGCACAUGUGGAGAGCUGGUUGGUCGCUUCCACUGCUGGCCUGGGGUACGUUCUUGGAGACCUGGUAGUACCCGGCAGGGAGACGGUGAUCCAGACCAGAGCAGCAGUGACAGCUGGAACAACAAUGACGCUGCUGUCUCUUUGGACCACUCUGGGUCUUCAGAGGAUGAGGACUGUGGGGGAGGAGAGAUGAUUUCCCAGAGUCAUGCUAUUUUCUCGAUUGUUCUUAGCCUGCCUGGCAUUAAAGCAGCUGUCAACUCCCAGCUCACCUCAUGUGAAGAUCUGGAUGCAGCCUCCGAGGAGGAUCCCCUGAGGGGAGCAGAAUAUAACCGAGACAGUAUUACAACAGUCACCACCAACACCACUGCUGGCAUUUCUCCCGAGGGGACGAACAGUUCAGAGAAUAGUUAUCACCAACGCUUCUGCUCUCGCAAGAUUCAGUCAAUGUCUAACAUCCAAGGCAGUGCCAACCAAGGGUCUCUAGAUGGCACCCCGACGACCACUACCGCUGCUCCGGACAGUACCACCACCACCAGCACAACCACCAAGUCCCCCUCAGUGCCAAUGUCCUUCAAAGAGGCGGCUUUGGCGAAGCGUUUUGCUUCCCGAGCUCGAACUCAGAUCACCAAGAGGAAGCGCAUGUCCUUAGUGAAGGAGAAGAAAGCUGCUCAAACUCUCAGCGCCAUCCUGUUUGCUUUCAUCAUCACAUGGACACCAUACAACAUCAUGGUGCUGAUCAAUGCUUUCUGUAAAGGUUGCAUCCCAGAGACGCUGUGGGCCGUCGGGUACUGGCUGUGCUAUGUCAACAGCACAGUCAACCCCAUGUGCUACGCCCUGUGUAACAAGACUUUCCGUACAACCUUUAAGAUGAUAUUGCUGUGCCGCUGGGAUCAGAGAAAAAGGAGGAAGCAGCAGUUCCAGCAGAGGCAGUCAGUAGUCUUCCACAGGAGGAUUCCCAGGGAGUCUACGUAAAGGACUGAAUUUGAAUGGGUGAUAUCAGAAUUAAAAGAUUUAACAUAGGACAAGGAGAAGAAAGAAGCAUCCAUGGUGUCCGUGGAGUUUCUUUGCCUAGAGAUCCUUGAUGUUUUUCUCUGCUGUUAUGUCGAAUGCAGCAAUCCUUUAUGGUGGUCUUGCGGUAUGUGUUUGUGUCGGUACGUCCAUUUCGCAACCUGUAUGUGUGUGCGGAGGUUUGCAAAUGGUCAGGUCCAGAGCUGAAAGCUUCUCCCUCUGUUCUUAAAGAACUCUUUACCAUUUCAUGCUGGUACAGCUGAGAUAAAAAAGAACUGAGGAGAAAAAUAACAGAAAGGGCUUUAAAAUGCAUUGCAGGAGAAUUUUUGAAGUGCAAUUGAUACAAAUGGAAAGGAUGUCUGUCACGGGGGUUGGGGAUUCACAUUUCUUAUCAUUUCUCUCUGUGGGUAGCUAGAUCUGUAACGUGCAGAGUGUUUUUGCAUUUUAAACAAAACGAUGUAUCUGUAAUAUGUCACUGAAAGCCAAGAUAAAAACUAUUUUGUGUUCACGGGCUUCUACAUUUUAAUGAUUUGCCAUCUUCAUGACUGGCAUGUGUUUUUAUCGGAACUUAUGUAUAUUGACUUUCUACUUGGAUAUAGCUUUUUCUGUGUCUAAUGGAAUAUAAAAAGAAUUGUGUCCUUUCUUUCAGUCAACAGAGAUCUGUCAUUUUUGUGAUAUCCAUCUUUGGUUUUCUAGAUAUACCAGAGAUUUUGAGCCAGUCUGAAAAUGAUUCUUUUGAUGAACUGAGUUGUGAAUAUUUUGUGUGGCACCACAGUCAGUGAACUGCUGUUGUGUUCAAUGUGAUUAUCGUGGUUUCUAUGGUGGAGACAAUAAGUACAUUGGUUGUGUUUUAUGUACUGCAGUUUUCUGUCAAAAGUAAUGAUUAUAAAAUGAUGAUAUUCUGUUUGUGUACUUUUGGAUAUUUCUGACUUGAUACACAAUGAUUGAGUGCUCACACAAAGAUUAUAAUUUAUAAAGAAGCGUGCUUUGAUCUUACACUAUCUCUGAAAUUUCUUCCACAUUUAAGCAAAUCUUUGUAAAGGGCCAACCUUCUUUGAUGUAGUAGAGAAAUGGCGACCUCUAGUGGUGUAGACUGUAAUGUCAUAAGUGCAUCUUCUAUAUUGCAGUGAAUUCCAUUCAACAAUUUUAGGGGGAAAAAUCAUAAUUGUGCAUAAAUUAUUGAUAAUUAAAACCUGUUUGAUUUCAUGAAUUGGUACAAUAUUUGAACUUUGUGUAUGUGAUUUUUCUCCUUUAUUAUUUCUGGUUGAAAUAUUUCUUCCUUAAAACUAUUCCUGAGACAUACAGCAAAUGAUUUGUACAUAGACCUGGCAGCUGACUUGGUUUGCAGCAUUAUCAGGUUUUUCUAUACGGAGAGUGGGUCGACACCACACAGCAAUCACCAACAGUCAAAUUAAGGUAAAGAAUUUAUUUUAUUAUUUUAUUCUUAAGUAGAUGGUUUUUUUUUUUGUCACGCCACACCGACACUCCCAAACCUUUCAAUAUGAAAAUUGUUCAAAUGACACCGAAGGCAAACUGUUUGUGACAACUGGCAUAAAAAGACAGCACUAAAGAAUAAGUGGAUUGGAUUCUAUUAGAUAAAGUGGUCCUGCAUGAUGGUAUAACUUUGGCUACAAAUGCUACAUGCAAAAGAGAUGUUAAAAAUAUUCUAUGCCUGGCAUCAAUGGAUAUUUUCUCUGCUUUUAAAACAGUGUGCUCCUGUGUCAUAAUACGUUCUUCAUCAAAAUAUGAUUUUUAAAAAUUUUUUUUGUACUUAAAUAUUGGGAAUGUAAACGACCAACAUGGUGAACGCAGACAAUUUGUUACAUUUUAAGUAUGCCAAUCAUACUCAUAUUUUAAGUCAAUAAACAAAACUUUUUGGCAGAAAUUA